AUGAGGACCACCUCGGCCUUUCUCAGCGGCCUGGCGGCGGUGGCUUCAUUGCUGUCGCCCGCCUUCGCCCAAACCGCUCCCAAGACCUUCACUCACCCUGAUACCGGCAUUGUCUUCAACACAUGGAGUGCUUCCUCUUCCCAGACCGCAGGUGGCUUCACUCUUGGUAUGGCUCUGCCGUCAAAUGCUCUUACUACCGACGCGACUGAAUUCAUCGGUUAUCUGGAAUGCUCCUCCGCCAAGAAUGGUGCCAACAGCGGUUGGUGCGGUGUUUCUCUCAGAGGCGCCAUGACCAACAAUCUACUCAUUACCGCCUGGCCUUCUGACGGAGAAGUCUACACCAAUCUCAUGUUCGCCACGGGUUACGCCAUGCCCAAGAACUACGCUGGUGACGCCAAGAUCACCCAGAUCGCGUCCAGCGUGAACGCUACCCACUUCACCCUUGUCUUCAGGUGCCAGAACUGUUUGUCAUGGGACCAAGACGGUGUCACCGGCAGCAUUUCUACCAGCAAUAAGGGGGCCCAGCUCGGUUGGGUCCAGGCGUUCCCCUCUCCCGGUAACCCGACUUGCCCUACCCAGAUCACUCUCAGUCAACAUGACAACGGCAUGGGUCAGUGGGGAGCUGCCUUUGACAGCAACAUUGCCAAUCCCUCUUAUACUGCAUGGGCUGCCAAGGCCACCAAGACCGUUACUGGUUCUUGCAGUGGUCCAACCACGACCAGUAUUGCCGCCACUCCUGUUCCCACUGGCGUUUCUUUUGACUACAUUGUCGUUGGUGGUGGUGCCGGUGGUAUUCCCGUCGCUGACAAGCUCAGCGAGUCCGGUAAGAGCGUGCUGCUCAUCGAGAAGGGUUUCGCUUCCACUGGUGAGCAUGGUGGUACUCUGAAGCCCGAGUGGCUGCAGAACACAUCCCUUACUCGCUUCGAUGUUCCCGGUCUUUGCAACCAGAUCUGGGUUGACUCGGAUGGCAUUGCCUGCUCCGAUACCGAUCAGAUGGCCGGCUGCGUGCUCGGCGGUGGUACGGCCAUCAACGCCGGUCUCUGGUACAAGCCCUACACCAAGGACUGGGAUUACCUCUUCCCCUCUGGCUGGAAGGGUAGCGAUAUCGCCGAUGCUACCAGCAGAGCCCUCUCCCGCAUUCCGGGUACCACCACUCCUUCUCAGGAUGGAAAGCGCUACCUUCAGCAGGGUUUCGAGGUUCUUGCCAGCGGCCUCAAGGCGAGCGGCUGGAAGGAGGUCGAUUCCCUCAAGGACAGCGAGCAGAAGAACCGCACUUUUUCCCACACCUCAUACAUGUACAUCAAUGGCGAGCGUGGUGGUCCUCUGGCGACUUACCUCGUCAGCGCCAAGAAGCGCAGCAACUUCAAGCUGUGGCUCAACACCGCUGUCAAGCGCGUCAUCCGUGAGGGCGGCCACAUUACCGGUGUGGAGGUUGAGGCCUUCCGCAACGGCGGCUACUCCGGAAUCAUCCCCGUCACCAACACCACCGGCCGCGUCGUUCUUUCCGCCGGCACCUUCGGCAGCGCCAAGAUCCUUCUCCGUUCCGGCAUUGGCCCCAAGGACCAGCUCGAGGUGGUCAAGGCCUCCGCCGACGGCCCUACCAUGGUCAGCAACUCGUCCUGGAUUGACCUCCCCGUCGGCCACAACCUGGUUGACCACACCAACACCGAUACCGUCAUCCAGCACAACAACGUGACCUUCUACGACUUCUACAAGGCUUGGGACAACCCCAACACGACCGACAUGAACCUGUACCUCAAUGGUCGCUCCGGCAUCUUCGCCCAGGCCGCGCCCAACAUUGGCCCCUUGUUCUGGGAGGAGAUCACGGGUGCCGACGGCAUCGUCCGUCAACUGCACUGGACCGCCCGCGUCGAGGGUAGCUUCGAGACCCCCGACGGCUACGCCAUGACCAUGAGCCAGUACCUUGGCCGUGGCGCCACCUCGCGCGGCCGCAUGACCCUCAGCCCUACCCUCAACACCGUCGUGUCUGACCUCCCGUACCUCAAGGACCCUAACGACAAGGCCGCUGUCGUUCAGGGUAUCGUCAACCUCCAGAAGGCUCUCGCCAACGUCAAGGGUCUCACCUGGGCUUACCCCAGCGCCAACCAGACGGCUGCUGAUUUUGUUGACAAGCAACCCGUAACCUACCAAUCCCGCCGCUCCAACCACUGGAUGGGCACCAACAAGAUGGGCACCGACGACGGCCGCAGCGGCGGCACCGCAGUCGUCGACACCAACACGCGCGUCUAUGGCACUGACAACCUGUACGUGGUGGACGCCUCGAUUUUCCCCGGUGUCCCGACCACCAACCCUACCGCCUACAUCGUCGUCGCCGCUGAGCAUGCCGCGGCCAAGAUCCUGGCGCAACCCGCCAACGAGGCCGUUCCUAGGUGGGGCUGGUGCGGCGGGCCGACGUAUACUGGCAGCCAGACGUGCCAGGCGCCAUAUAAGUGCGAGAAGCAGAAUGAUUGGUAUUGGCAGUGUGUGUAG